GACCUCUGCGAAUCUCCUCCUCCAUAGGUGAAGCCUUUCCUUGUCCCGCUCCUACUCCUUCUCCCACAAUUCUAUCUCUCAAACCCUUUGCUCCUCCUCCUCCUCCACCCUCUGUUCUCGCUGAGUCUCAAAAUUUGACUCUACUGGACUCUCCUCACCCUCCUUAUCCCCUGUCCUUGUCCCCCAACCCCCAACACCCUCUAAGUGAUUCCCCUGCUKCUGACUCAGCCUCUCCGCCAUUGGAGGAAGCUAAGCUGGCCCAGCGCCCUCUAGAUGACUCCUCCACCAUACACACAGCCCCUCCUCCCCCGGAGGAAGCUGGCCUGGCUAAAGGAACUCACCGGGGGCGAAUUAUUGAAAACCCUGAAGCACUCGUGAUGUUCCCCCUCUGUCCCUACGGGCCAAUGAUUGACGAUGGCCAUGGGGGAAAAAUGCAAACCUACCAGUAUUGGCCUUUCUCCUCUUCAGACUUAUAUAACUGGAAAAAUAACAAUYCCCCUUUUUCCAAGGACCCCACCCGGCUCACAGGUCUGGUUGAGUCAUUGAUGUUUUCACACCACCCUACUUGGGAUGAACGCCAACAACUCCUAGGGACUCUCUUCAUGACAGAGGAACGAGAGAGAAUCCUCCUGGAAGCUAGAAAAAAUAUCCUCAGACCAGAUGGGUGAUCGACACAACUUCCCAACAUAAUCGAAGCAGGCUUUCCCUUGAACCRACCCAACUGGGACCCCAACACCUUUGAAUGUAGGGAGCAUCUGUCCACUUAUUGCCGGGUUCUAAUAGUGGGUUUCCUAGCGGCCACUAGGCCACUGACUAAUUUGGCCAAGGUAAGAGAGAUUAUUCAAGGGCCUGAUGAACCUCUCUCUAUGUUUCUAGAGAGAAGUAUGGAGGCAUAUAGGAGAUAUACUCCUUUUGAUCCUCAGGCAGAGGAGGAUCAAAAGGCAUCUGUCACAAUGGCCUUUAUUGGGCAAGCUGUCCUAGAUAUUAAAAGAAAGUUACAACACUUAGAUGGAUUACAAGAUAUGACUUUGAGACAUUUAGUCAGAGAAGCCAAGAAGGUAUACUAUAAGAGAGAAACUGAGGAAGAGAAGGAACAAAGGAUGGAGAAAGAAAGGGAGCAAAGGGAGGAUGAGAGAAGCAAAAGACAGACUGAGGCGUUGACUAAGGUCCUGGUCACAACAGCAAAUAGACCAGAAAUUAAGAAACAGGGAGACAGGAAGGGAUACCUGGGCCCACACCAGAGGCCACCCCUGGCCUCAUAUCAAUGUGCCUACUGUAAAGAAAAAGGUCACUGGGCCAAAGAUUGCYCUAGAAAGAGACAGCCAUGCCAGCCAGCCAUUCUGAUUCUGGAGGAUGACUAGGAAAGUCGGGGCUCGGAUCCCCUCCCCGAGCUCAAAGUAACUUUUGAAGUGGAGGGGACCCCAGUAAACUUUGAAGUGGAUACAGGGGCAAUAUAUUCAGCCCUUAAGACCCCAUUGGGCCCUCUGUCAAAUAAAAGRUCUCUGGUUCAAGGGGCUAACGGCAGUAAAUAUCGGGCUUGGACAACUAAGAGGACCAUGGACCUGGGAAAAGGAAAA